GCUGAGAAACAGAGUCCCGGUGAGAGAAUGGGGAAUUCCCUCCUGAGAGAACUCAGUUGCCUGAGAAACAAUCAAAAGAAGCUCAAGAAUGUAAACCAACAUGUGGAAAGAAAAUGGCAGGAAAUGGCUACGUUUGAGGGAGAAAAUCAAGUUCAAGAUAAGAAAAGCAAAGAAGUUUUAUCUGCUUCUAAUCAGGAACAUGAGAAUGGCAGUGGUUCUGAGGAAGUGUGCUACACUGUCCUUAGUCACAGUUCCUAUCGGAGGCCCUCCCUGAGCUCCAAUGAUGAUGGUUAUGAGAAUGUCGUCUCCACCACAAAGACAGUGAAGCCACUUAGAAACAGGCCAGAAACAGAAUACGCCCUUCUCAGGAUGACUUGUGAUACUAGGCCUCCUUCCUGUGCCACUGACCAUGAUUAUGAACUUGUGCUUCCCCACUAG